CGCGGAGCCGCAGGGCGCUGAGCAGCGCCGCUCUCGGUGGCACCGAGGUCAUCAAGGCGCGACGGCGGCAGGAACCGUGUCCGGCUCCCUCCAGAGCGCUCCAGACGGGCUUGUUUUCAGAAAGACAUGACCACGCAGUACGGUAUUCUCUUCAAGCAAGAGCAAGCUCACGAUGAUGCCAUUUGGUCAGUUGCCUGGGGAAAGAAUAAGAAUGAUGGUUCUGAAACAGUCAUCUCUGGCUCUCUGGAUGAUCUGGUGAAGGUCUGGAAGUGGAAUGAUGAGAAGCUGGAUCUGCAGUGGACUCUGGAGGGUCACCAGCUGGGGGUGGUGUCUGUGGACAUCAGCCACACGGGUGCCAUUGCAGCAUCCAGCUCCCUGGACGCCCACAUUCGCCUCUGGGAUUUGGAGACUGGCAAACAGAUCAAGUCCAUAGACGCUGGUCCUGUUGAUGCUUGGUCCCUGGCUUUUUCACCUGAUUCCCAGUACCUUGCAACAGGAAGUCACGUGGGGAAAGUAAAUAUUUUCGGUGUUGAAUCUGGAAAGAAAGAGUAUUCUCUGGACACCAGAGGAAAGUUCAUCCUUAGCAUUGCAUAUAGUCCAGAUGGAAAAUACUUGGCCAGUGGAGCAAUAGAUGGCAUUAUCAAUAUUUUUGAUAUUGCAACUGGAAAACUUCUGCAUACGCUAGAAGGCCACGCCAUGCCCAUCCGCUCGCUGACCUUCUCCCCUGACUCCCAGUUACUCGUCACCGCCUCCGAUGACGGCUACAUCAAAAUCUACGAUGUGCAACAUGCAAACUUGGCUGGUACAUUAAGUGGUCACGGAUCCUGGGUUUUAAAUGUAGCAUUUUGUCCUGAUGAUACCCAUUUUGUUUCCAGCUCAUCUGAUAAAAGUGUAAAAGUUUGGGAUGCUGGAAUGAGGACCUGUGUCCAUACUUUCUUUGACCACCAAGAUCAGGUUUGGGGAGUGAAAUACAAUGGAAGUGGGUCCAAAAUUGUGUCUGUUGGUGAUGACCAAGAAAUCCAUAUUUAUGACUGUCCAGUUUAAAUGUCUUGACUCAGAUGCUUCAGUAAAUCUCUUGUAGCAGUUUCAAGGGACUGCUACUGUCCUAUGUGAUUUUUCAGUGUGAUAAAAGCAUAUCAUACUGAUCUGCCAAACCCAGCUAUGUUUAUUUCUAAUUUUGAUUUUGUUUAGCAUGAGAAGAAGUCUUACUUUUAUAAAAUAAAAGCUACAGUUUCAAA